AUGUAUCAUAUUACUGCGUUACUUAUUAUUUUUAUUUGUUUUUAUUAAUUUCAAUCAGUGUUUCCUAUGUCGCAAAGAUAUUGGUUUUCGACAUAAUUUAUCAACGUAUGAGACUAAUCAGAAAAAUUAUAGAGCUGAAAUAUGUGGCAGUUAACGUUAUCGGUGAUAAAAGAUUACGGCACAAAGUCGAAACUAUCAAAAAAGCCCUAGAUGCGUACAAUUACUUGGUGGAAUUUAUUGAAGAUUUGGAACCUCAACUUGAACUUUGGUUAUUUUUCACUGUUUUGAUAUACUUUCCGAAGGCGGUACUCUUUAUGCGAAAUGCCAUGAUGCUCAUUAUACAUAAGGAGCUUCUGACGUUUAGAACGUUUUGGGUUGUAUUUACACUGUUGUACACAAUUUUACUGGGAACUUGGCCGAUGAUUCUGUUUGAGAUGACUAAGAAUGAAGUGGAUAUCAUCAAAGAUAUUUUAUUCAAACAAUAUCUGGCAGACAAUGAUGAGACUCUUCGCUUGGAGAUCCAACGAGCUCUGCAGCACAUAGAGCAACGUCCCUGUCAGUACAAGGUCUGCCGCAUGAUGCCUAUGGGGGUCGGCGUCCCCGUCAGCUUCGUCAGUCUCUGCGUUACAUACGUCAUCGUCCUCGUCCAGUUGACCCCUCUUAAAUAAACCCUCUUUUCUGAUACUUGUUGUGUGUUGGAUUUCUUUUUUUGCUUGGGUGGAUUUUAGAAUUGUGUUGUUCAAUAAAUAUUACUCGUGUGUAUAAAUAAUCACUUUUG